AUGGAGGCAGAGGAUUUAGUUAAGAGGUGGGAAAGAUUGCAGUUAACAACAAAAGAAAGUGUUCCUUUCCAAGUGAAUCCAGAAGGCUCAAAGAAGGAAGAUAGGAUGGGAGAGCACUGUAUUAUGGGCAGAGCAAUGGUGGAAAGGACAGUUAACAUUGAGGCAUUCAGGACCACCAUGUCUCAAGUGUGGAGGUUAGACGGCUGGGUGAGGUUCAUUGAGAUAGGGGACCAAAGCUUUAUCAUAGAGUUCCAAAAACUGGAAGACAAAGACAAGUUUCUUGGUGGCAGACCGUGGUUUUUCGAUAGAAGCCUUCUCUCUCUACAAGAGGUAGAUGACACAGUCUCCAUUAACAAAACACAGUUUAGUUACAAGCCAUUUUGGGUCCAACUUCACAACCUGCCUCUGGCCACCAUGAAUGAGGAGGUAGGAACACAAUUUGCAGCCUCUAUAGGCCACGUCAUCCGAGUUGAAACAGAAUUAGAUGGACGUGUGUGGGGGAGGUGCUUAAGGGUGAGGGUGGCAGUGGACAUUCAUAAACCUCUGCUCAGGGGAAAGUGGAUGCUUUUUGAAGCGAAAGAACACUGGAUCUCUUUUAAGUACGAAAGACUCCAGAACUUCUAUUUUCAUUGUGGAAUCCUCAACCACAAAGGGAAAAACUGCAAUAAGCUAAGGUAUGAGAAUCAAGACGAAGAUCAAGCUCCAUUACAGUUUGGUGCAUGGCUGCAAGCUCAACCAGUGCAUUCAAAUGUAUUCAAUCUUCAUAAAUAUGGUGGUUCAAAGCGUGGUGGUAGUGAGGAAGAUAACGGUGGCAAACACGGCAACAACAAGCAACGAGGAGAUUAG